CUGGGGGACCUCUUCGGGUAAGAAUAUGAGAGAGAUAGGUAUAGAUAUAAACGUAGAUAGUGAGAGAAUACAGUCGCUAUACUCGGCCUGCCCUGCUCGGAAUCCGAUUAGGUCUGAGAAAACCCGUUACCAACACUACUGCGCCGCCGAAAGCAACAACACUGCGCCGCCGAAACCAACUACAGCCGCGACCAUCAUGGCCGACGCAACCAACAGCAGCGUCGUUGGUGCGGCCGUCGCCCUCGGUCUGGCCUGGGUGCGGUCUCACCCUUGGGGGAUUUGCGGCGCGAUUCUACUUGUUAACCUGGUACUGACGCGGAACCGCAAGGGACUGCGGGAGAUACCCGGCCCGUUCCUCGCGAGCUUCUCGAACCUGUGGAAGCUGCGCGCCGUAUGGAACAAGAACAUGCAUCGCGAAAACGUGCGGGUUCACGAAGAUUACGGUCCGAUUGUCCGCAUUGGGCCCAACCAUGUCUCAGUGGCAGACCCCCAGAGCAUGAAGUUGAUAUACGGCGUACAGAACGUCUUUCGCAAGUCGGCCUUCUACCCCCUUGCAGAGGCCAUCUACCAGGGCAAGUUCUUGCCCACCUUGUUCACCACCGAGAGCAAUGAAUACCAUAUGAGGCUCAAGCGCGGGUCCACGCGGGCCUUUGCCAUGGACACCGUCGUUGGGCUGGAGCCGUUUGUUGAUAAGUGCAUCUCCCUGCUACUCGAGCGCCUCCGGGAGGUUUCGCAGAACGGCAAGCAGGGCAUCAACCCCGUCGAGUGGAUGCAAUACUUCGCUUUCGACGUCCUCGGCGAGAUCAACUUCUCCAAAGACCUGGGGUUUCUGGAGAACGGCAAAGAUGUCGACAACAUCAUCGCUGCCAUCGGCGGCAUCCUUGUUUACGUCUCUCUGAUUGGGCAGAUACCGCGACUUCACAAGUUUCUUCUCGGGAAUCCUCUUCUCGCCAAGUUCUUCCCCGGUAUUGAGAAGACGAACCAAGUCUUGCAGUUCUCCCUGCAGCAGGUGGAAGAGCGGCAACGGAAUCCCGUGGAUCGAAAGGACAUCCUCAGCCAGCUCCUCGAGACGCACAAGAAUGACCCGGAGAGCUUAACUAUGAGCGAGAUCAUCGCCAUCACGACGACAAACGUCAUCGCUGGAUCCGACACCACGGCCGUCUCUCUGUCUUCGGUUAUGUACCACCUGAGCAAGUAUCCGGAGACCAAGAAGAAGCUGGUGCAGGAGAUUGAACACGCAGAGCGCGAAGGCCUCGCCUCGAAUCCCAUUACGUACGCCGAAGCAAUCAAGCUACCGUACCUAUCGGCCGUGAUCGACGAAGCGAUGCGCAUGCAUUCCGCCACGGGCUUCAUCCUCGAGCGCGUCGUCCCCAAGAACGGCAUCACGCUGCACGGCGUCUACCUCCCCGAGAACACGAUCGUGGGGGUGAACGGAUGGGUCUUGCACCGCAACAAGGAGGUAUUCGGCGAGGACGCCCACACCUUCCGUCCCGAGCGAUGGACCGAAGGCGACCCGGAGAAGAUCAAGGAGAUGCGGCGCAACCUAUUCUCGUUCGGCCACGGCCCGCGCAGCUGCAUCGGCAAGAACAUCUCGAUCCUGGAGAUGUGGAAAGUCGUGUUCGAGCUGUACCGCAACUUCGACAUCGUGCUGGCCAGCGACGACGAAUGGAAGGUGCUCGGCCAUUGGUUCACGCCCCAGUCGAACGUCAAGGUGCUGCUGAAGCCGAGGAAUUAACACGUGGGCGAGAUCGAGAUGGGAGGAGGGUUGGGGGGGGCGCGUAAGGGGUUGGUUCCUGGUCAACCCCUACCUCGUCGUUCUUGGGCUUCAACAGAGAGGACGGACGCAGGCCGCGCAAUCCGGACCGGCGAUACACGAUGGCAAAAGAACCCUGCCGAACUAUGAACCCUGGGCCCCGUCGCCGGCAGGGCCAGAAGAGGGAGCGGGAGCGAGGGCGUUGAGGCUAGGGAGAAGAGCAAACGCUGCCUAUAUGCUCGCUCGCUCCAACAUGCCUAGGUGCUGUUGUCUUAAUUGUUGUCACGACGGCGCCAAGGGCGAGGGGCGCUCGAAUGUUGAA